GACCAAAACCAUCCAAUAUCACGAGCUAGCUACAAACCAAUCUCACAAGGUGUUAAGCGAGAACACUUCCUCCUUGUGUUCGACCCCGACUACAACGCGGCUGUGCACUUGCAGCUCAACUAG